AUGAAAAUUCAAAAACCAUCUAAUACUUUAAAAUUUAAAGAUAACUUCAAAAAUUCCCUAAAUUCAGAAGUCCAUGAUUAUUUUGAAAAAUUAUUAAGAGAAUCAAAAACAUCUAAUCAAACGAACAAAUAUAUGUUAAAAGAAAAACGUUCAUCGUUUAUAACUAAAAUAUUAAAGAAUAUAGAUGAAAAAUACGAAAAAGAAGUACAUAACGUAUUAGAUAUGGAAUUUAAAAUGUACAAUAAUUUAAAAGGUAUAACAAACCAAAUAAUUAAAAAAAUGUACAAAGCUUUUAUUCCAUUUUUAACAACAAAUGUAAUUGUUUUUAACCUAUCAUAA